GGAGAAACGGAGGAGUAGAGAAACAAGCAUUAUGUGCGGCGCCCCCUGCAGCCCCGGUUCCCGGCGAGGUUCAAUCCGGGGACAGACCGCCGAGUCGACCCAGGCUCGAAUGAAUACCGUUUACCUCGCUUUACUACAUGUACGGACUCAACCUUUGACAUUUGAUCCGGCCUGUCCGCAUUGGCAAGCGCCGAGAGGCAUUGUUUGUUCAUCGGCGACUUCACCGGCUCGAGACCUCACCGGAGAGACUCUGCGUUGGAUGGCAACCAAACCACCAACACCUGGCACUUCGCCAGAACUCUCGACGUCGGACUCCCUGACUGAGUGUCGUGAUAGCGCCCUUUCGGACGGCAACCUCAGCUCCUUAUCAACCAACGCCUCUACGGCAGACAUAAACGAUUUCGAUGCGGCUCAUGGCUCCA